AUUCUGCUCGACGGUGAUAAUUUAAAAACAUUAUGCCCAGAUGACUUACGUGGAAUGUGCUCAUUAGUUUCCCAAGAGCCCCAAGAAAUCAACGAUGCUGCUCGAAAAGUGGGAGCGUGGCAAUUCAUCAGUUCUUUACCCGAAGGAAUGCAAACAAGAGUUGGUGAAAGAGGUCUGCAAUUGUCAGGUGGACAAAAGCAACGAGUUGCUAUCGCCAGAGCAGUAAUUAGAAAACCAACUGUAAUGCUAUUUGACGAAGCCACAUCUGCUUUGGACAACCUCCAUGAGGAAGAAGUGCAACAUGCCAUCGACCUCGCAUCUGAGGGUCUCACUACUAUAACAAUUGCGCACAGGCUGUCAACAGUGAAGAACUGUGAUCGAAUAAUCGUCAUGGAUGAGGGCCGUAUUGUUGAGGAAGGUCCCCUAGACGAACUUCUGGCAAAAGAAGACAGUCGAUUUCGAAGGCUCUACAAUGACCAACGAAUGGACAUAUUAGCUCAAUCUCAACCACAAGGCAAGACAAGUCUUGUGCAAGCCGCCUCUUUCGCUCUUGGACAACACUACCGGCCCCAAAUAGUAUAG